UGAAAUUCCAGUCGUAGUUUUUUUGUUGCUUUCGCCACUGCUUCCAUCCACGCAAUGGUUUUCUGAAAGUUGGAAAGGAGGGUCAGUGGAGUGAUUUCCUGAAUUAUAAAAGGUGCCUGAAGAGUGCAGAAAUGCCUGGUCCGUUGCUGGUGUUGAAGGCAUACAAACUCAAAAGAGCAGCUAAGAGGCUGAUGAAAGCUAAGAAAAACGCUUUGCGUAUUUGUAGAGGAGAGCGACCCCAUUAUCCAUGGUACGAAGAGAUCUGGACUUGGUGCGUGGAAUGUCUGAAAAACAAUUUCUGCAAAGCCUUUUGCCCAUGUUGGUUAUCCAGGAAAAAGCGGGAAGAUCGAUUUGAAGAUUCUUACAGCAAAAGUUUCUUGAGGCGACCUUGUUUGGAUGGUACUUUCGAGAACUAUGCGAUUAAAAGUUUUCUGGGAUUUGUUUUUGGCCUCCUUCUCACAGCGGCUGCGUUCUUCUUCUUCUUGGACCAACUGAACAUUAAUCCCCGUGUAACCACGGCAUUUUGUUGUGUGCUUGGUAUGGUUCUUUCUACGGCACUCGCUUUCAGUGAAGAAGCCAGGUGCAUAACUUUCCUCGCUUUGCCAGAGCUUUUCUCAGGUAGGGGAAGGAUGGUUCUGAUGGCAAUUACUUACAUCCUCGUGAUGAGUGGGCCUGCCAAGAAUGCCAUGAGGAACGCGAAUAUUCUUGUAGAGAGCAUGAAUUGCGGCCAAGAGAUCCUAAUAAAGCAGACAAAGGCCAUCCUCAGUUCCAUUUUCGCUCCUUUGAUUGCAAUCAUAGAUACUAUGAGAGACAUCCUGGCUGCUCUGAAAAGUUUUGCUCGACAAGUGAAAGAUGCCUUCAUUGCUAUACGAGACCUUUUCAUGGAAAUUAUCAAUGCCAUUCGCAACAUGUUCCGUUGGCUGAAAAGUAUGGUGAGCGUAUGCAACAACAAAUAUGGGACGCCAUACGAACGAUGCAACAAAGCUUUCGACGAUGCCAUCGAAGACUGCAAUAAGAAGCUGGGCGUUUUUAACUUCCUUUGCUACAUCGUGAAUGUUGUCCAGUACGUUUGUGAGAUAGCGAAAAUUGUGGAUUUAUUGUGUCUUAUACCCAAAGCUGUGAAAAGUGGCAUAAUUGAACCUCUGAAAGAGC